AAAUCAAUUAAGUGGUAAGUGAAAAGAGUUGAAGUUGCAAUUCACAAAAAUAGGCAGUUGAAAUCGUUUUGUCCCUUAUAGCAGUACUUUUUCAUUCUGAAAAAUCCCUUCCUAGCAAUCGUGCAAGUGGGAAAAUAUUUAAGUUAUUAUAUUGUAUGGUUACGAGCUUUCAUUGUCAUCAUGUUUAAAGGCCUAUCAACUUUGGAAGCUUAUGAGAGGUGCAUAUCAGAAGGAUUAUGUGACAAACAUUUUAUUGAUUUUGAAAAAGAGUUAAGCAAUGAAGCGAGGCAUGAGUUACAAAGAAAAGCCUUUCUUUACAUAAGAUUACGUAUAUUGGAUCCAUUGCUAUUUGGAAAAAAAUUUAUAUUUGAAAAGAUGGAAGCUUUGAUAUCAAAAUCUGAUUAUUUUUCUUCCAAAUCUUCUAAUCCAGAAAAAAAUAAAUUUAUAGAUAAUAUUUUAUUGUUGGAUUCCAUAGUUGUCUUUACUCUUUGCCAAUUUUGCAAGAUUUGUUGUUGUGGGUGCCUCUUUCAAAGUAGCCAAAUAAUUGAACCUGGACUUGAUGAGGAGUCUGCUUUUAUACAAAAACUUUUAAAUACUAAAAACGUAUCAGAAAGUGAUAUUAGACAUUUCAAUCCAGUUCUACAAGAAAAUUUUAUUGGUUAUGAUAAAAGUCUUAUCAAGUUUUGUUAUGUGGUUGCAUUGCUUUUUGUGAGAAAUACAACUAUAAAAGUGAGGCUUAAGCAAGCAUUAACGGAUUUGACGUCUGAGGUGCAAAAACUUUCAAUGGAAAGUAAUAGGUGGCUUGAAAUAGCUAAAGAGGCAGGACUAAAAAGAAAUUAUGAAGAAUCCCUCGAAGCAGUAACAUCUGCUUUAAAUUACAACCCAUAUUGCUAUGAAACAUUUGCUGUACGAGGAAUAAUAUAUAUUCGAAUGAAGGAAUAUAAAAAAGCUUUAUUAGAUAGUUAUAUUUCUACAAUUAUCAAUCCACAGCACUUUACGGCUUAUGGUAACAUGUGUGUUUGCCUUAUUCAGGAAAAUUCAGUUCUAGAGUGUAUAAAUUUGCUACAGUAUUGCAUGAAAAAAUGUCAAUUUGAUAAAAUAAAAUAUCAAGGUACUCUUGAACUAGAAAAAAUAUUAGAAAAUGGAACAUUGAAUGAGAAUGUCACUCUACUAAAUGAUUUUGAAGAAUUUUUAAGGUUUGUUUGCAGUUUAGAACCAAGCACAAUGAAUGACAACAUUUCUCUAUUAAAAAGUUUAGAGCGAGUUUUUAUGGAACUUUGCAGUUUAGAACUAAAUGUUGAAAAAGAUGAUUCUCUCUCAACGGGAGAAAUAAAACUUAAUUUCAAGAAUUCUUUGGAAAAUGGAUUUAAAAAUAAUUCUACUGAAAUUGAGGAUGUACCAGAUCUUGAGGAAGCUCAAGACUCAGAAGAUGAUACUGAGGUUCCUGAUUUGUCUGAUCCUGAUUUAUCUGAUGCCCCCAAAUCAGAUGAGAGUGAUAAUGAAUGCAUGAUUGCUCCUAUCAAAGAAAAGCCAAUAGAGGCCAAAUUAACUGAGUCGAAAGAUAAAAAAGUGGAGCCCAAAUCAAAUGAAUCUGGGGUAAAAAAAAUUGAGACCAAGUCAACUGUACCUGAGGACACUUCCCCCAGGACUCAGUCCCCGCACAAAGUUCCCGAUUCAGAAGUCAAAGCAUCUCCAACCAAACCAUCUAACUUGUUUAGAGAGAAAGACCCCAAACAGCUGGAUGAACUUCUAAAAGAAGGAUCUCAAAUGUUACUUGAUGGUUGUGGACAUUUGGCAGUUAGUCAGUUUAUUUCUGCUUUGGACAUUAUUGAUUCUACUUCAAAGAAUUAUGAAGCAAGUGAAAUAGUCUGUAUUAAAUAUGCAUGUGGUUUAGCUUACUGCUCUUCUGGCGGAUAUGAGGACUUACAGAAGAGCAUAGAAAUGUUUAAGCAAAUCAUUGAAAACCAUAGAAACAUCACAUUUCCUGCUGCCUAUUAUGGAAUUGGGCUUGCCUUUUCUAAAUUAAACAGAUUCAAAGAUGCCCUUAAAUAUUUACAAACCGUGUCUGACAUUUUAGAGAAAGGAAUACGUUUCAAAGUUUACACGUGGCCAGGUUUGAAAACUGUCAUUAGUGAAACCAAAUCUGAACAACUCAAAAUCUUGGUUAACUGUAAAAUAAAGGAAUGUGAAAUGCCCCCUCCUCCUGAUGCCAUUUGUCGUUAUGAAGAGUGUUCCACACAACCUGCUAUAUACUACAGUGAUGCAGACUUCAAAGGAUUCCUUGACCUACAAUGUUCUGAUCACUGUAACUUACAGUAUCAUGCAGUCUGUUGGAAAGCUUUAAAAAGUUUAAAAAAUUUUACAGACAAGGAGUUUCUUGAGAAAACCUGCCUCACUCCAGACUGUAAUGGAAUAAUUAUAAAAGUGGAAAUUAUUGAUAAAGAAGGAGCAGUUGACAAAGUGUUUAGGUUAGUACAAGAAAAAAAAUAUGCCAAACCAAAGAAACCAAAAGCACCUAAGCGAAUGGAUUCUAAAGAAGAGAAAAGAAAAAAACGACACUCUCACAGGGAAUCUGAGAGUGAAAAAACAAGCACUUCAGACGAAAUUAUCCCAAAUAAUAAAGAAAAUCAUGAAAGGGAGAAAAAUGAAUCUUCUUUAAUUCCUCUUUCAGUUAAUGCUGAACCUUUUAUCAUCAUACGAAAAGAAAAAUUAUGUGAUGAAAAUGUAUUGCGCACAUCUGCGAAAUCUAAGGAACUAAAGAAAUCCAAACCUGUAACCAUUAGCUUUAAGGAAUUUUGUAAAGAGAGUGAUGCUGCAUCUGGCCAAGAUGUGCACAUGGUUUCAUAUCAACAAAGUGAAAACUAUUCCUAUGUGCAAGAAGAAUGGCCCCAAUGCAGUGAAUUGUCCUCCAACUGUCAUGCAUCCCAAAAAGAAGACAUUUCAGUGAUAGAAGAAAAUAAUGCCACCACGCAACACCUUCCAACUUUGGAUUGUGAUCCAUUAGAGAUUGAUGACUUUGAUGCCAUUAAAAACAAUUUAUAUAACUACCUGGAUGAGUUCUUAACACGAAACGGUCCUCUUUCCGUUAAAAAUGUGAGACUCAUCAGAGAAUUGGAGACUUUUCCUACCGAGGCUAACGUGGUGAUAGCCAGGUACGGUGGCAUCGCAGAGUUUUUAAAAAAUGACAUCGAGUACAGAUUUGGUAUCGUCGACGACUUUUUCAUAUGCUCGAGGAACGACUUGGCCGAUGCUUACAAAUUGAGCAGGAGCUCUGGUGUGGUUGGAGCUGAUAAUGCUGAUUUACUUGAAGAAUAUGCAGAUCACACUUCAAGCUUAAAUGGAAGUUUUAGCCACAUAGUUCCCACUCUGAAUCCUGAUGCCAAAGAAUACAGGCCAUCUUCCGUCGCUUCGAGCUCUACGAAUUCUUACACAUCUCUGCCCGAGGAGAUUCCUCCCGAUUCUAAAACCGAAAAAGCAACACGCCCUCUCUCCUCCUCCCUCAUGUCGACCAUAUCGAAACUGCGGCAGCCGAUUGCUGUGGACGACGAAGGCGCCAAUAACUUCUUGCAAGACCAUACGGGUGGCAAGUCGCAGAAGGAAAGCGUCAAGACUUUGGCUGAGAAUUGCAUCGGUGCCUUGAAGCUUUAUUUCAGUGACGAAAUGGAAUCUCAACGUGCUUAUAUUGACUCUUGUAUUAAACCUUAUAGGAUUGCUAAUGCAGUGGACAAAAGCAGCAAAGCUCUACAGACUGAGGCAAUAGUGGUAAAAACUGAAUCAAAAGGUACCUGGAAAACAGAUGAUGAGUUGAAUGAUUUGAAGAAAAGAGUUCAUCAAUUAACUGAAGAGAAAAAAGAAUUAGAAGUUGAAAAAACUUUAAUUGAAACAAAAUUAUCUACAGAAAUGGAUACUGCAGCCAAAUGUAAUAAAAAAUCAUUAGUAGAAAUUGAAUACUUGAAGAAAGAAUUGGUAGACUCCAAUCUACUUUUACAGUCUCUCAAAAAUGAUACCAAAAGCAAAGAGAUGAAAUUAGAGAGGGAACAUAAAGUUUUAAUGGAAUCACUGAAUGCAGCUACUGAACUGAAUUCCCAACAGGAAAAGGAAAUUAAUAUAUGGUGCUCUAAAAAUCAAAGUUUGCAGGAAAAGGUAAAGAAAAUGGAAGGAUGUAUUGAAGACUUUCAAAAUGAAACAAGUUCAUUAAAGAAGUCAUUGGAUCAACAAUUGGAAAAGUAUAAUUCAAGUAUUAGGAAUGCAGAGAAUGAAAAAAUACAGUUGAUGAAAAGAGCAAAAUUAGCUGAGGUACAAUUGCUUUGGUUUAAAAAAGAAAUGUUUCUUUCAAAAAUUGACAGCAAGUUAAAGGAAGCUAAAUCAAGGAUGAAAGAAAUAGAAGAUUUUUUACCCAUGGUUAAUUCUAAUCCUUUAUACAAAAAAAACUUGGAAGUAUUGCACACUAGUAUUAGCAGUUACAUUAAGAAGCUUGCUGACAUCCGUUUAGAUUUACAGGCGAGAUAUGAUGAACAAAUAAAUGCUGUGAAUAAUGGAGCACAUGUAGAAUCUUUGCCACCUAUUGAAUCUAAGGAGCUACCAGAAAUUCCUUGCUUUACGACACAAUUCCCUGCUACCAAUCCGGCUAUGAAUAAUCCUAUGGCUAUGUAUAAUGCUGCUCAGAUGAUGGUUGCUAGUUCUCAUUCCAACACUCCACCUCAAGGCAUUCCUCCUGGUAUGAGUGAUCCUGUAAAACAACCUCCUGUAACUGUCCCUGCAGCAACAUCCGUAUCACUACCAAAAACUGUGAAAGAGAAUGUAGCCUCGACUUUUUCCACAAGCUGUGCCGCAAUACCUCCUCCUGUAUCUAGUUCCUUUUCCCCAAAUGGUGGUGCUGCAUCUAACAAAAGCUGUGAUAAUCUGUCAUUGGAAUUGGAUUACAAAGGAAAACAAGAUUCAGAAAAAUCUGCUUCUUCAACCUCCCUGGCCUCCAGUCAGGGCACAUCAACCAAAGGAUCUUCUGGAAAAAGUUGUGACAAGUUAUUAGGAAAAUUAAAAUCAAAAUAUCCUGCAUACGAUGAGGUGGAACUGAUGUCUUUUAUCAGAGAAUUUCGAAAAAAUAGGAAAAAUGGUCUUUCAGGCUUAACAAUUGAUAAUAUAGUUAGUUGUGUCGGUGCUCUCAUCGAUGCCCAAAGCCAGCCAAAACCACCUCCUAAGAUGGUCGAAGUUAAGAGUAAAGUGAUUGCUGUCCCCCCACUAAAUAAGUUAGUGAGCAAGAAAUUAGUGGAGAAAAAGAGCAAAAAACCGCCUCCUCCACAACCGAGACAGCCCGUGUGUCCAUGGGGACCCAGCAAAAGUGAGGAAAAGAACAACUGGUCAGGUUCUGGAUUGGAAGAAGGCUGUAUUAUUUGUUACGAAGAGAUGACGCCCUCUAAUGCUUACAAAGUGGACUGUGGACACUGUUUUCAUUUGAAAUGCAUCAGAGAAUGGCUGAACAAAAAAAGUGACUGCCCAAUAUGUCGCGUCCACUUGCUACUGCCCGAAGACUACCCUGCAUUGAAAUAAAAAAAAAAGUGCCUUGUUAUAUAUGUCUGUGUAAUUGAUAUUUUUUAUUUCAAUAAAAGAUUUUUAUUUUUUA